CUGGCAUGAAGCGAGACAUGAGGCGAGACAAGACCGUGUGGCUUAUCCAGAUGCGGAUCUAGACGGCGACCUCACAUAAGCAUUCCGAGUUAUGAACGCCGGUAACCCGUAGAACCUGGCAUAGCCCGACGACCCGAGAGUUGGCGAAAACCAAGGUCGUUGCUCACCGGUAGAGGUUUCGUUUGACGUCGGGACUUCAACGGCGAUGCCGAGAUGCCAACCGCUGGUAUUGAUUGAAUGAUCUAGAAGACCCCUGGUUCAUUGUGCAGGGCGGAGGUUUAGCGUCAUGAGAUCGGAUUGAGUGCGGCAUGGCGUUUACACAAUUGAACAUUGUUAUGCCGCUUUGACCGCAGAACGCCGCCAUCAUUGCCGCUGCUUUUGGAAGCUUGUCACGGCAUUCUGCGGCAUAAUUGAGCUUUACUUUAUAUUUAAGAUACUAUGUGCUGCCAUGCCCUUUCAGGACUCUCGCGGGUGAUAUAGGGGCAUAAAUCGCUGGAGAUGGAGAGCGAGUGAUUGUUUGUCCGCCUGGUUUGCCAUCUAUCGUAGCUCUGCUCGAAAGACACUUUGAUGAUGGCACGUAUUGCAUUACAACAAGAGAUUGGGGUUUUGCUUCCGGGGCAGCCGAUACUCAGCUCUGUAAUAUUAGCAAUCAGAUGCUCAAUUCACUCGAAUAUUGACAAAGAUUGUCCCAGAAACAUCUCUCAUUGUAGCAUAUCCUCGGAGUUAUCUACUUUACAGACAGUUUCGUUUGAAUUUGAAGCCCAUUCGGCGACUCGGGCAUAGUUCGGUGACUGUCUGCGCCGGACGAGUUCGGAAGAAACUGACAUCAUCUACCGUCAUGCAAGAAAACGGUACACUCGGCCAUGAAAAUUUGUUUGCCAUUUAUAUACGUCAGGAUAAGUAAGAGGGGAUCUGAGAUACUCAUCAAUUACAGAAAACACCAUUUACUCGCAUAUCGCAAACUUCACGAAUUUAUCACGACACUAGUACAUCAACCUCACCUCACGUUUACGACAUCUUCCAAGUACUGAAACUCAGCAUCCUCUCAGUUGACCCACCCUGGAUUUAAACCACGCUGCAACCCACCUCGUUCGGUUUCUUAUCAUACCACCUUCGCCCUGAAAACAAAACACCGUAAACUAUUGCGCCCUGAGAGAAAUCCCAUCUCUACAAAUUUGCCGCCUCUCCCACGACCGUCUUUCCCCUCAAUUCCAGUCCAACCCAAAUCGCAAUCAUGAAGAUUCUUACAAAGGAAGAAGAGGAGGCGCACUACUCAGCUGUCGUCAAGGGCGGUCUCAUCGGAGGUAGUCUCGGUCUCGCUGUUGGUGUUGGAGGUGUCAUGUUUGCUUCAAGGCGAUACCCUGCUUUCCGCGGCCUCACAAUCCCCUUCAGAACGUUUCUCGUCACAUCCGCCGGCACAUUUGGCGCCAUUAUCAACGCCGAUCGCUGGUCCAUGGAUUUUCAGAAGAAGCAGAAUCCCAUGAACUUUUACGAAGACCAGACCCAGCGCGCCCAGCAGAUUGUUCGCGAGAAUCAGACGACCUGGGAGCGCUUUAUGGAGUACGGCAAGGAGAACCGCUACUCUAUCGUAUUUGUCUCAUGGCUCGCAUCCAUGGGUGUCGCAUUCGCGCUCGUGAGCCGUUCACCCAUGAAUACAGCCAACAAGGUCGUACAGGCCCGUGUCUAUGCUCAGGGUCUGACCCUCGCUGUUCUCAUCAUCUCAGCUGUCUUUGAGAUGAACGACGCUAAGAAGGGUGAGGGUCGCUGGCAGACCGUAAUGGUCGUCGAUCCCGAGGACCCCGAACACAAGCGACUUAUUGAGAAGAAGAUCCAUAAGGAGGAGUAUGAGGGCCAAGACCUCUGGAAGGAUAUGGUCGCUGCUGAGGAGCGACGCUUGGCCGCUAAGAAGCAAGCUGAGAACAAGGCUUAAAAUAAACAUGUUAUCUUCUUAUAACGACAAAAACAACUCAAUGAAAACCAUUCCUCGAUACACAUUACCCUAAAACUCAUCAUUAAUACUACGCCGAGCACAAGUCGACAACCACAGGAGGAAAUCGGAAAUUGUAUAUACCAACAAACCGAAAUUUCAUGAGUCGAUGAGCUGGGAUGGAAAGGAAGCGGCUAUUAUCGAUUGGGAUAGUCAUUGAAACAAAACUGCCCUCUGUUUUGUCUUUUCUAUGCGCAUAGAGCGGGUGGGAUGGUUCCUUGGAGUUACAACCUCUUAAAAUUGGCCCGGAACGUUCUUGGUUGGGGUUUGAAUUGCAUCCAAUGUAUCAUAUGUAGCCAUGACAGCAAGAAUUGAGCAAGCAUCUUUAUCUCAAGCGUAUAUACAAGGACAUAUGAAGAUGACCCAGCAUCUCAUUCUUCUAGACUAAGUUAACAAAGAUCUGCACCACCGACUCCCUGCUAGCCCUCUUUUGAAGGGUCCAGUUACCUUCCCAGAACAACAAACUGAUUAUCAAGCACACUAAUAUAUCCAAAGGAACUGCAUUAGCUCAUAUCUCUAAACCUCGAUAGUAAAAUGGCUGAUUUGCGAAUAAUAUGCAUGCACAGCUAGCUCUAACAGCAUAACAUCGCCAUACACCUCGCUUCCAUCGAAACCUCCAAUGACAAUGAGGCGGCUAUCAUACAGCACUGUCCCGUGAUAGCCACGGCCUGAAGGUGCUUUACCGUAGACCCGGCGUCUAUCCCAUGUCAUUGUAACCAGGUUCAAAAGCAGGACAUCAUUCGAGUAUUCGCUUCCGUCGUGGCCUCCAAUGACAAAAAGAUAGGAGCCGACUAUUGUGGCCGUAUGUGAUAAACGGCGGAAAGCAACGGGGAUAGGGACUGCUCUCCAUAACUGGGCGUCAACGUCGUAAACCCAUACAUCGUCGAAACAUUCGCCGCCAUCAGAGCCUCCAAAAAUGAUGAGUUUGCUGCCCACCAUGUUGGCAGUGUGGUAGCCCCUUGCCUUGGGACGAUAGUCUUUUGACCCAGGGCUUGACUUAUCUGAACUUGACACUAACCGCCAUGACAUUUUGUUGACAUCAGCAACAUCUAACCGCCAGAUAUCAUUCAGAGCUCGGACCCCAUCGCCGCCGCCGAAUACGUAUAUACCAUUCUUGUACAGACAAGCAGUAUGCGCUCUCCGCUUCGACGGCAUCUUAUCUCCUAUAAUACGGGGCUUUGUCCACCGGAAGUUUGUCGUAUCCAAAACAUAGACAUCGUUAUAAUACUCCGGGCCGUCACCUCCGCCAAACACGAUGAGUUUCUUGCCUACGGCAGUACAUGUCAUGGCUCUCAGAGGAACAGGUAUAUCACCAACGACAUAAGGUAUAGACCAGUGGAAAGAAUCGGCAUCCAGCACGUAGAGAUCGUUGAAGCAUGUUCUUGAGUCACAGCCGCCGAAUACAUAAACGUUCGAGCCAAUGAUUGUUGUUGUGUGUGCUCGUAAUGAGGUGUGAGGAGCGCCCGACACAGGUGCCUUGGACCAGUACAUGCCAGAUGCUGGAGCCACGUCGACGUUUGGAGCGGUCCGGGGAUCUGGAAGCGACGGGAACGCUGUGUACUCGUCUUGUGAUAUGCGAGAUCUAUGCGAUGCAUACCGAGCGGUCGCUUGUGCAGUCGUUCGGCUCGUUAUGGCAGAUGUCGACCGUGAAGCGGUUGGUCGCCGAUUAUGUCGAUCUCCCUCACUUGAGGCAUCGCCAGCGCUGGUUGAGAUUGAAUGCGGCGGUUUGUGGGCUGCUCUCGAGGUAGAAGCUCCUUGCGGGGCGGUCUGUGAUGCGGAUUGAGAGCGCUGCCGGAUAGAAAGAUCGGAAGGCUUUCGACGAUUUGCUUGUAUGCUUUUGCUGGCAAGAUGACCUGGUGUAUGGCUUCUGGGUAAGGGCAUCUGAUCGCUAGACUCGUCAUCAUCGUCGGAAUCGUCGUCGACAAAGGUCGGCCGUGUGGCUGUGGGGGCCGGAGCAGGCGAUCGUUGUUGUUGUUGUUGUUGUUGUUGUUGUUGUUGUUGUUGUUGCUGUUGUUGAAUGCUCUUUGCCUUGAGAUGCGACUUAUCGGGGGACCUCCUCGGAUCCGCCAUGACUGCGUAGGUUCUUCUUCAUUGCCUACCUAGACAAGGCGUUGAGCUUGUGACUUGAACCGGUCGAGGUGGGGGAAAGGUGGAAUGAGUGAGAGCAGUGAAGGGGGCAAAAAGGAACGAACAAUAUGCAAUUAAAAACAGGCAGCUGAAGCCAAAGCCAAUUGGCGAUUUGCCAAGGGCGCAAAGAGAAGGGAGGGGCAGGCGAGCCGGUGAUGGUGAUAGUAUGUAAAUGAUGUCGAAGGGUAGGGAUCGUGCAACGUUGGAGCUGGGGUUGAGUCGAGUAUCGUCUCGAGUCGAAGUACCUGAGUACCUCCUAGCUUUGUUGUCGUUGAUUCUGGAACGCUUUUAGCGAGGCCCGGCCCCUGUGACCAAGUGCGGAGAUGAGGCUCUCAGGCGUCUAACGUACCUGAUACAUUCGACCUCUCACUGACCUCAUAGCACAUAAGACCUAGAAAUACGGAGUAGACCUUAGGGAAUUUAGUGCAGUUU